CUCGGCGGUGAUGUCACCGGCUCAGAGGCGCUCCAGCAUCCUUACCACGGGCAGGCUCACACAAUAGGGCCAUUUUGACCGCCUUGGAGUGCGAAGAAGCGUCCGAGCGAACCGACCGGUGUCACCGCCCUCCCGCCCCCCCAAAGAGAGCGCGAACAGGCGGGUACGAGGAGCGGCUUCAUGGAGCCGGCAGGCUGUUAGCAGGAGGCUGUUAGCAGGAGGCUGUGCUAGACGGACCAGGAGGAGACCGUAGGAGGUGGCAGGAGCUACGGGGCUGGAUACCGAGACACACGGGCCAGACAGCGCUUCGACACGGGGAGCACGACGUUAUCGGCACUGCGGAGACCUGCGGGCCCCACCCCCGGGUACAAAAGAAAGCACCCCAAGGUGCUAGGAAGACAGCGUCAUGGCCGGGGCCUCUGUGAAGGUGGCGGUGCGUGUCCGCCCCUUCAACUCAAGGGAGAUUGGAAAAGAAAGCAAAUGCAUCAUUCAGAUGUCUGGAAACACCACCACCAUCGUCAACCCCAAGCAGGCCAAAGACAACAAGAGCUUCAACUUUGAUUACUCCUACUGGUCCCACACCUCGCCAGAGGACAUCAAUUAUGCCUCUCAGGUGCAAGUGUACAAAGACAUCGGAGAUGAAAUGUUGCUGCACGCCUUCGAGGGAUACAACGUCUGCAUCUUUGCUUACGGCCAGACGGGCGCUGGCAAGUCCUACACCAUGAUGGGGAAACAGGAUGUGAAGGAUCAACAAGGGAUCAUCCCUCUGCUGUGUGAAGAUCUUUUCACCAAGUUUAAUGACAAUGCAGACAACAGCAUGUCGUAUUCUGUGGAGGUAAGCUACAUGGAAAUCUACUGUGAACGUGUGCGGGAUCUACUGAACCCCAAGAACAAAGGGAACCUGCGCGUUAGAGAGCAUCCUCUGAUGGGACCUUAUGUGGAGGACCUGUCUAAACUAGCUGUCACCUCCUACAACGACAUCCAGGACCUGAUGGACUCCGGCAACAAGGCCAGGACUGUGGCCGCCACCAACAUGAAUGAGACGAGCAGCCGCUCGCACGCCGUCUUCAACAUCAUAUUCACUCAGAAACGGCACGAUGCCGAGACUGAUAACACUUCUGAAAAGGUCAGCAAGAUAAGUUUGGUGGAUUUGGCCGGCAGUGAGAGAGCCGACUCUACUGGAGCCAAAGGGACCAGGCUGAAGGAAGGAGCAAAUAUCAACAAAUCUCUAACUACACUGGGGAAAGUCAUCUCUGCUUUGGCAGAAGUGGACUCUGGGUCAAAUAAGAAUAAAAAGAAGAAGAAGGUGGAAAGCUUCAUCCCCUACAGAGAUUCGGUUUUGACCUGGUUACUGAGAGAAAACCUGGGGGGCAACUCUCGUACUGCGAUGAUAGCCGCCCUGAGUCCAGCAGACAUCAACUACGAUGAGACCCUCAGCACACUCAGGUACGCGGACCGCGCCAAACAGAUCCGGUGCAACGCUGUGAUCAACGAGGAUCCCAACAACCGAUUGGUGCGCGAGCUGAAGGAGGAGGUGUCCCGUCUGAAAGACCUCCUCUUCUCCCAAGGCCUGGGUGACAUCAUUGACACAUAUCGAGCGACUGGUGCUGUCAUAGAGGGUUUGAAAUCCCUGCCGGACUCGUCCGAUUACGAGAAUAAUAACAAUAAAGGCCAAGCAGUGAAUCAAAGAGAUGAUCUCUCCACAGUGACAAAUGCCAUGACAGGGAUGAGUCCCUCCCCAUCCCUCUCAGCCUUGUCCAGCCGCGCCGGCUCCAUCGCCAGUCUUCAUGACCGCAUCAUGUUCAGCCCGGGCAGCGAAGAGGCCAUCGAGAGACUGAAGGAAACUGAGAAAAUCAUUGCUGAACUCAAUGAGACUUGGGAAGAGAAACUUCGCCGAACUGAAGCCAUUAGAAUGGAGAGAGAGGCCUUGCUGGCGGAAAUGGGUGUAGCAAUGAGAGAGGAUGGCGGGACAGUCGGCGUGUUCUCUCCCAAGAAGACACCUCAUCUGGUGAAUCUCAACGAGGAUCCUCUGAUGUCUGAGUGCCUCCUCUACUACAUUAAAGACGGGGUCACCAGGGUCGGCCGUGUAGACGCCGCCAGUCGUCAGGAUAUAGUCCUCAGCGGCCACUUCAUCAAGGAUGAGCACUGCACCUUCACCAGUUCCACGGAUAAAACAAGAGAAAUAGUUGUCCUGGAGCCGUGUGAAGGAGCUGAGACUUACGUCAACGGAAAGAGAGUGACCGAGCCCACUGUGCUCAAAUCAGGAAAUCGCAUCAUCCUGGGGAAGAGCCACGUGUUCCGGUUCAACCACCCUGUGCAGGCCAGGGCGGAGAGGGAGAGGACGCCAUGUGCAGAGACCCCUGCUGAGCCUGUGGACUGGGCCUUCGCCCAGAGGGAGCUGCUGGACAAACAGGGCAUAGACAUGAAACAGGAAAUGGAGCAGAGACUGCAGGAGUUGGAGGAACAGUAUCGCAAAGAAAGAGAGGAAACAAACAACCUUCUGGAGCAGCAGAGACUGGAUUAUGAGAGCAAGCUGGAGGCUCUUCAGAAGCAGGUGGACAGUUACUACCCAGAAACCCUUGAAGAAGAUGAAGAGCCAGAGGAGGAAGUGCAAUGGACAGAGAGGGAAAGAGAGCUGGCCGUGUGGAGCUUUCGUAAGUGGCGGUGCUACCAGUUCACCUCUCUCCGUGACCUGUUGUGGGGCAAUGCCAUCUUCCUGAAGGAGGCCAAUGCCAUUAGUGUGGAGCUUAAGAAAAAGGUCCAGUUCCAGUUUGUGCUGCUCACAGACACGCUCUACUCCCCGCUGCCUCCAGACCUCUUGCCCCCAGAGGCGGCCAAGGACCGGGAGAAGCGACAGUUCCCGCGCACCAUAGUGGCAGUGGAGGUGCAGGAUCAGAAAAAUGGAGCCACCCACUAUUGGACACUAGAAAAACUAAGACAGAGGCUGGAUCUCAUGAGAGAGAUGUACGAUCGCGCAGCUGAUGUGCCCAACAACACCGCCGAAGACGGGGAAAAUGUGAUGACCGGAGGGGACCCCUUUUAUGACCGCUUCCCUUGGUUCCGUCUGGUGGGCAGUUCCCAUGUCUCUGGCGGCACCAGAAACCCCAUUUUCAAGACAUGCAUGAGCGAGCGCAUGAGUGACCCCACCCCAUCCCCGACCCUCUCCAACUCUGAAAUUACUGAGCUGGCUGACCCGCAGCGGGAGGGUCGAGGGGAGGAGGAGGAGGAGUUGGAGGAGUUGGAGGACCUGGACGAUGAUAUCUUUUUGGACGACCCGUGCUUGGAGCUCGGGGGAGAGGAGGAGGAGGAGGAGGAGGAGGAUGAUGAUGAUGAUGAGGGAGAGCUCUGCCGAGGCUCCGGCGAAGGCCAGGAUCCCUUUUACGACCGCUCACCAUUAUUCAGGGUAGUGGGAAGGGCUUUUGUCUACCUGAGUAACCUGCUGUACCCGGUUCCUCUCGUCCACCGCGUGGCCAUCGUCAGCGAGAGGGGCGAGGUGAAAGGUUUCCUGCGCGUGGCGGUGCAGGCCAUAUCAGGUGCUUUGUGUUUCCCUCCAGCCGACGAGGAAGCUCCCGACUACGGAUCAGGAGUGAGGCAGUCGGGCACUGCCAAAAUCUCCUUUGAGGAUCAGCAAUAUGAAAAGUUCCAGUCGGAGACCUGCUCCGUAGGACUGUCCCGCACCGGAGCUUCACAGGAGGAGCUUCGCUUCGUGGAGGGAGAGGGGCAGAACGCAGAACCGGGACCCUCGGCUGAUGAGGUCAACAAUAACACAUGUGCGGCUGGUACAGACGAGGUGGAGAGUCCGCUGAAGAGUCAGGCCGGCCCGCUUGACACAACUCUGGAGCACCUGAGGGUCGGUAACGUCUUCACCUUCAGGGUGACCGUCCUGCAAGCCUCCAGCAUCCCUACAGAAUAUGCCGACAUCUUUUGCCAGUUCAAUUUCAUCCACCGCCACGAUGAGGCCUUCUCCACCGAACCCCUGAAAAACACGGGCCGCGGCCCCCCGCUGGGCUUCUACCACGUGCAGAACAUUGCUGUUGAGGUGACUAAAUCCUUCGUUGACUACAUCAAGACUCAGCCGAUUGUGUUUGAGGUGUUUGGACACUACCAGAAACAGCCUUUCCUGCCGCUCUGUAGAGACGUAAUCAGUCCUCUACGCCCCUGCAGAAGACAGUUCCCACGAGUGAUGCCUCUGUCAAAACCAGUACCUGCGACCAAGCUGACGGCUAUGACCCGCCCGCAGGCCGGACCCUGCCACAGCAAGUAUGAUCUCAUGGUGUUCUUUGAGAUCUGCGAGCUGGAGGCCACUGGAGACUACAUCCCUGCAGUGGUGGACCACAGAGGUGGAAUGCCUUGUCAUGGCACAUUCUUACUGCACCAGGGCCUCCAGAGGAGGGUUACUGUCACCAUUGUACACGAGUCAGGAGGUGACAUGGAGUGGAAGGAUAUCCGGGAGCUUGUUGUGGGUCGCCUCCGCAACACCCCUGAAGCUGAUGACACCAUCAUCGACCCUAAUAUUCUCUCUCUCAACAUCUUGUCAGCUGGUUAUGUCAGACCCAUGAGGGACGACCGACAGUUUCUUGAUUCGGACAUGCCUAGGACUUUCUACCGCUUUGAGGCGGCCUGGGACAGCUCCAUGCACAACUCCCUGCUGCUGAACCGAGUCACUCCGUACGGGGAGAAGAUCUACAUGACCCUCUCGGCCUACUUGGAGAUGGAGAACUGCACCCAGCCUGCAAUCAUAACCAAAGACGUCUGCAUGGUGUUUUACUCUCGAGACACAAAGCUCUCGGCCUCGCGCUCGAUCCGAAACCUUUUCGGCACUGGGAGUCUCAGAGCGGCAGAUGGAAACCGUGUAACUGGAGUUUAUGAGGUCAGCCUGUGUAACCUGGCAGAUGCAGGGAGCCCAGGUAUGCAGAGGAGACGCAGGCGAGUGCUGGACACCUCCGUGGCCUACGUCCGUGGGGAGGAGAACCUGGCCGGGUGGAGGCCCCGCAGUGACAGCCUCAUUCUGGACCAUCAAUGGGAGCUGGAGAAACUCAGCCUCCUCCAAGAUGUGGAGAAAACCAAGCAUUAUCUUCUGCUGAGGGAGAAACUGGAGUCCACCAUGCUUAUGGGUCAGGAAUCCCUGCAGUCCUGCAUCACGGAGGAGCUCAGCGAGUCUCCUCAGCCCCCCGAGGUCGACCAGGAGGUCCCCUCCCGCUCUGAAAUCACCACUGAAAGGCAGAGAGAGCUUGCUGCCAAGUGUUUGCGUCUGCUCACUCACUCCUUCAACCGAGAAUACAGCCAUGUGUGCGUCAGCGCCAGUGAAAGCAAGAUCUCAGAGAUGUCUGUCACAAUGCUAAGAGACUCCGCUUCAAUCUCUGCCCUCAACACAAUCACACCCUCCUCGACGUGCCCGUCGCUGGUUGAGGGUUGCUAUGGAGACACCGAACUCAGACCCCCGAUGCCUCGCUCUCGUGCCGCCAGCCCCGGUCCUGACACCCUGAAGGACACAGAGACAAAGAAGUCCGUCAACGGAGCCUCUGAAAGCAAACCACGGAUCCGAAGGUUUUUCCCUGACAUCACGGAGAUUAGAGUCAGCCCUAUUGUUUCAAAGAAGGGUUACUUGCAUUUCUUGGAGCCCAACACCAACGGCUGGGUGAAGCGCUACGUGGUCGUGCGGCGGCCGUACGUCUACAUCUACAACGCGGAGAGAGACUCUGUGGAGCGGGCUAUCCUCAACCUCUCCUCUGCUCAGGUGGAGUACAGUGAGGACCAGCAGGCAAUGCUGAAGACCCCGUACACAUUCGCCGUUUGUACGGAGCAUCGCGGGAUAUUGCUUCAAGCCACUAAUGACAAGGAGAUGCACGACUGGCUGUACGCAUUUAAUCCCCUCCUGGCAGGAACUAUCAGGUCGAAGCUGUCGAGAAGACGAGCCGGACCGAUGAGGAUGUGAAGAGCCAGAUGUGACGAGGGAAGGAAGAGCUGCAGAAUGUACAUAGAAUCCUCCCCUUGUGCUGAGCCCCAUCUCCUCCUCCCCCAACUCCACCACAGUCACCAACAACCAUCUCCUCCCUGUACCAUCUCAGAUUGUCACCAGUGUCCUCAGCACCUAAAGCGCCCAUUUCGUGCCAGGCCUUUGCUGCGUCGUGAGUCUCGUAGUCAGAAAACCUUUGUCACUGUACUGUACCGGAGAUUAUUCACAGCUGGACGAUGGAAGAAAGAUGGCGGAAGUAGCAACAGUUUCUUAUCUCAGAUCACUUACGUAUAGUAAUGUACUGUAGUUGUUGUCAGUGACACAUCGAGCCUUAUACAUCUACUCCUCAAAAACAAUGCAGUGACAUUUAUUUCUACCUUUACCUUAAGCAGCUGGUCAGUGAGGAUCACAUUGCUCCAUUUGCAUCAGUAAAUAGAAAUUCUCAAUUCUGCAGCUACAUAUACAGUGUCUAAACUGGUUUGCAUACCACAUUCAGCUACAAAG